AGCUUUUGGCCUGAAGGCAUCAGGUAAAAGUCUCUUACCUGAUGUUCCCUUCACUUUGUGGUGGGAACAGGACAUGGUAGGAAAGAAGUUAGAAUCCUCUCUAGUCUCUGACCCCUGAGACAUUCAGAAAUGCUUAAUCCAUUGGUGAGUGCUUAUAAUGUCUUUGGACGAUGAUAAGUGUGUCUGUCCCUCCGCUGGGCCCUGAUGUAUUUUGAGUUGGAACUGUCUGCUUGCACAUUGAACUUGGAGGACAUGCUAGAACUUAGAACCAGAAUACAAGUUCACCAUAGCUAAGACCUUAAAAUCAAUCAUUGGAGUGAGUUUUGAGAGCAUUUCACUGGGAAAUAGAGCAGCUAACCUCACAGUUGAACAAUAAUAAGCCGUUGUAACAAAUCUGAGUCUACAACUUCGUAACCCUGAGAAGGCCAUGAACAAAAUGGUUGCUGGCAGCACUUGAGUUUGGAGACCAAACCUGUCUACUCUAAAGAGGCUGGGUUGUUACAGACAGUCGCUUUGGAUUUGAAAAGUUAGUUCUUGUGGGUGUGUACAGCUGGGAGCUCGUUCUGGAUGUGCUGAGUUGGAAAAAAGCUAAAAUCUACUCAGCUUCUUUUUGUGAAGGUGCUGACACUUCUUUCUUCUCUUGCUUUUUCCUUUCUUAGGUAAUUGGUGCUUUUGUUUCUAAUAUCCUAUCCAAGCAGAAAUGCUUCUGGCUCAUUGGGGUAAGGGGUGGAGAAGGUGAUUUAUAUGUGGAAACUCCUGAUCCUUUUGAUAGCGCUUCCACAUGUCCUAUAAGAUUGUGCGGACAGACAGCCGGCUGGUUCGGAACAUUCUGACUGCCCAUGGAUUCCAUGAGGUUCACCCUAAUAGCAGUGAUUAUAAUCUCAUGUGGACAGGAUCACACUUGAAGCCCUGCUUGCUGCGUUCCCUUACAGAUGUUCAGAAAGUCAACCAUUUCCCCAGGUCAUACGAACUGACACGAAAGGACAGACUGUACAAGAAUGUCUGUCGAAUGCAGAUGGCCCAUGGGUUCAAGACUUUCCAUAUCUUACCUCAGACUUUCAUCCUCCCGACAGAGUACCAGGACUUCUGCAAUACCUAUUCUAAGGACAGAGGCCCAUGGAUAGUGAAGCCUGUGGCCUCUUCCAGAGGUCGAGGUGUCUAUCUGGUAAAUAAUCCAAACCAAAUCGUAGUGGAAGACAACAUCUUGGUGUCUCGUUACAUCAGCAAUCCGUUGCUCAUAGAUGAUUUUAAGUUCGAUGUGCGUCUCUAUGUUCUGGUUACAUCCUAUGAUCCACUUGUCGUCUAUCUCUACGAGGAAGGAUUGGCCAGAUUUGCAACAGUGAGGUAUGACCAAGCGUCCAGGAACAUUAAAAACCAGUUCAUGCAUCUGACCAACUACAGUGUCAACAAGAAGAGUGGAGAUUAUGUCAGCUGUGAUGAUCCUGAAGUAGAGGAUUAUGGAAACAAGUGGAGCAUGAGUGCAAUGCUGAGGUACUUAAAACAAGAGGGGAGAGACACUGCAGCACUGAUGGCCAGCGUGGAGGACCUGAUUAUCAAGACUCUAGUUUCUGCUGAGCUGUCCAUUGCCUCAGCUUGUAAAAGUUUUCUUUCACAUCGUGACAGCUGCUUCGAGCUAUAUGGUUUUGAUGUCCUUAUCGAUGACACUCUGAAACCCUGGCUGUUGGAAGUGAAUCUGUCCCCAUCAUUGGCCUGUGAUGCUCCUUUGGACCUGAAGAUCAAAGCUAGCAUGCUCUCAGAUAUGUUUACUUUAGUAGGCUUUGUAUGCCGGGAUCCAGCCCAGCGGUCAAGCCGGGCCGUUUAUCAUUCAUCUGAAUCUGUCAGAAGAAAUCCAUACCAGAAGCUGCAGCGUUCUGUGUCUGUGCAGUCACAAACAGCAAACAGCAGAUCACGUACCCGUCCUCUGUCUGCCAGCGAUGCUGAAGUUAAAAGCUCGGUGCCCUUAGGCAGGGAAAAAGCAACAGGAAGGCACAGCAGCUCUGUGCUAGGCCUCACCAUGGAGGAGAUCAAAGUUCUUCGGCGAGUGAAAGAGGAAAAUGAACGGAGAGGAGGCUUCAUCCGGAUAUUCCCUACCCCAUUAACAUGGGACCUUUAUGGGUCUUUUCUAGAGCACAAGACAUCAAUGAACUACAUGCUGGCUACACGUCUGUUUAAGGACAGGGGCAAGGUAAAAAGAGAGUUCAUCACUGGGAGAUCCCGAGCAGGUCUCAAUGGAAAGGCAGAUAUGAUGGAAGCUGUGGACUGUCAUGCUCUCUUUUAUGAGAGAAAGCUUAUUUCACUGGAGUCACGGAACCGUCGUCGAUAUCAUGGCAAGGCUAGAGCAGCACAGACAAGAGCAUCAGGCACAUCAGAACCAACAAAGCUGUCCCUCAAGUCAGACAUGGAAGGUGAGGAGGAAGAGGAGAUGGAUGAAGAUGAAGAGGUAGAUAGAACUGUUUGCUCUCUUUCGGACACCCAGGUGGAAAACAAGCCAAAGCACUCUGAGUCAGUGAAAACUCCUUCUAAGGAGAGAUUACAAAAAAAAUGUGACAAGAAAACUGGACAUGGAGAAGAGCUGUUUCUGCAAAAACCAGACUCAGAAUCUCGGUUUAACUUACUUCAGAUUCUUCAAAAGCAAGGAAACUUGAGCAAAGUACAAGCUCGUACAGCUUUCUCUGCCUAUCUACUGCAUGUUCAGCACCGACUGAUGAAGGAGGCUGGCGAACAGAUCCAGAAUCCUGCCUGGGCUGCCAAAGAGAAUGAGCAAAUGGAGCUCAUCAUCCGCUUUCUGAAGCGAGCUGCCAGUAACCUUCGUCAGUCCUUGAGGUUGCUGCUCCCCAGCCGGCAUUUAGGACUAACUGAUCGUCGUCGUAUCCUGGCCCGCCAGCUGGGCGAGUUCAUAAUCUGUUACAAGAAGGAAACAGAGCAGAUGGUUCAGAAACAAUCAAAAAAGAAACAAGAAGAGGAGGAGGGAGUGAAUCCUGAAGAUUUUCAGAACUUCAUUGCCAGAGCAAGUGAAAGUGACCUGGAGGAGGUACUGACAUUUUACACACACAAGAACAAAUCAGCAAGUGUCUUCCUAGGAACAAAAUCCACAAACACAGACCACAGAAACAGGAGUCACCAGUCAGAGAAACAGCCCCAAGGUGAGCAUCCUGACAUGGUGACAAAAGUAAAAGGUGAUCAUCUCAAAAGUUCAGUUGCAGAUUUGUCUGCAGAAGGAGCGCUAAAACCCAAAGAAGCUAAACUAAGCUUUCCAGAAGGACUCACCUUCUCCUUGAAUGCUGAAGUGAAAUUACCUCGGUGUACCCCUCUUGGUGCUUCUUUCUCUGUUCCUGGUACCACAUUCCAGAGAAGUACGAGUUCUGGGAUGCCACCUCAGUCUGCAGCCUCUGAAAAUUUGAAGGUGGCUGGUCACCCUUCAUUGCCAGCUCCUCCAACUGGUCCCAGACUAAUUCAGUCCCCACCUCCACUACCCUCCUUGCCGAGCACAGCUCCUGACAGUUCUUCUGUCCUCACAAACCCAGUGUCCACUGAGACUUGUAGUGUUGCAGGGUUACAUCGUCGUUCUGGUACCUACACUGUUAGCCCAUUCUCAUCUUUUCAGAGAGCUGCUCAGAUCUACAGCCAAAGACUGUCCUCUGCAAAAGUAGGUCUCCAUCGCAGUUCAAGUGGGCAGUGUGGGGGCUCAGCCAGGAUGCACAAAGAUGCAGAACAAACUUCUUCCCAGGGCAGACGUCACGGUCCCAGUGUGGUAGCAGCAGAAGUGCAGCAGUUGGCAGAAAAGCAAGCAACCUGCCAGUACUCCCCACCAAGCCAUGUCAGUCUCCUUACACAGCAGUUAACAAGCCUGGACUUGGCAAGUGGAGCUAUAAGCAAGGGGAAUGCAGCUGCCCCGCAGAGCCACUGGUCACCAAUCAGCAAAAGAGGGUCACUGUUGCCUGUUCAGUCAGACACUCAUAGAGAUGACAAAAGAUCUGUCUCUUCAGCAGUCAGGGCUCCAGAGAAUCAUCAUUUUGCUGUGGAAGGAGAGAUGGAGAACAAUCUCUACAGGGUGACACGGGGUCCUCUGGCACAUCCCAGCUAUCAGCUUCAGUUUGCUGUGCAGCAACUUCAACAGCAGAAACUUCAAUCAAGACAGCUGUUGGAGCAAAACCAAGCACGGCAACAGGCUGUUUUUGCCAAAUACUCACAAUCCAGCACCAGUCAUAUAUCUAUGCCAGCUGGCUCUGAUGCCCACAAGACAUCAAGUGCCACUUCUAGUAUUCAGAAGGCAGCCAGUUUGCACAAAGUGAUGCCAUCCCAGAGUACAGCUCUUCGGCUGGUUCCAAAGCCUCCAAGAAACCACAGACAGGCAGUGAUCAGAAAGGCUGCAGCCCAGAGGAUUUCCAAGGUCACCUCCACUGAAAAGCAACUGAACGGAUUCCAGAACAACCUUCACAGUUCUGCAUCCUGUGAGCCAGGGACAUAUUCCACAGGUUCUGCUCGCAAAGAAGGAUUAUCACAGAAUUCCAGGUGAGGAAUCCCAAGAUUGUUUCGAGUGUGGGACAAAGGAAGUAGCAGCAGUGGUGACUUCACACCAUCACAUUCUCAUAUCAGCCAAAAAAAGAGAGAAGAGGAGGCUUUGGUGAGAGAACAACCCACUGAAAAGAGUAUCUAAACAUCUGUGAAAGCAGAUUGUGGUGAUAGACCUGCAAGUGGAGGUGAAUGAGUGCUUCUGAAAGCUUCUGCUGCUGAGUCUUUGUCUCUUCCUUCCAUUUCUUCCUGACCACUAACUGUGUGAGAACUUUUUCUGUAAGACAUCUUUCCUGCAGCUGUUCUUCCUAAAGUCCAGGUUUGAACAUAAAGUCUCACUUUUGCUCAGCCAUUUCAAUCUGUUCUAGUCUGGUAAUAGCCAAGAUUCCAUGCUUUCAUCACAUGGCAACCAUCAGCAGAGAAAAAUAUUCGAACAUGCGACUGGAGAUGUCUGUGUUGGUUGUCAUCUUGAAUUUUGGCACAGAGCCAUAGAAAUUAACAGUUCAAAUAAAGUAAUUUCAUUUGUUUGUUUUGGUUAUAAUUUCAGUCAUUAAUUCACACACACGAAAUAUUUGCUGUUGUUAUACUGGACAGGAUUUUAAAUCUGUCUUUGUUUCCCUGUGGUAUACUUGUAUUCUGUGUGGCUUAUUUUGUAUUUUGAUUUCUGUUUGUUUAGACUCGGUAAAGUUUUUAAUUGGCUGAUGUUUUCAGACCUAGGCUUGAACCCUAAGGCCCAGGUGGCUCUUAUCAGUUGCAAUAGUGUCUUGGUGAAGCACUCCAGUUAAAAUUUGCCUAGUGUUAUGAAAAUUAGUUUGUUUGUGUUAGAAAACAAUGUCAGCAGCUGGAAAUUGUAUUGGAGAGAAGAUCCAUUCAUCCUUAGAAAUGAAAAGGAAGCAGCUUCAGCUCUGACUCUUUGUUGGUGCCAAGUUAAAGGAAAACUCAGUAUUUUGCAACUUCUGCCUUGUCCAACAGCAAGGGGUGUGACUGAUAGUUCUCAAAGGUGAAAAAUCUUUUAUUGCUUGUAUCAGAGUCUUCCGAGAUUGGAAUCAACAUCCUGUUUGAUCUCUUUUCUUACUCUUCUUUCUUCUGUCUUUCCUAUUUUAUAUAGUCAGUGUUAAGAGAUCACUCAAAUGUGUUGACAAGUAGAUAGAGAUCAACCCAAGGGACUGACAGAAGAAACUGUAUCAGAGAGGGAAGGUGUUUUCUCUUGAAAUAUUUGUGUUGACUCUUGGAUUCCACUUAUUUUUUGUCACUCAAGAUCAGAUAAAUUCUGAGAAGGUUAAAUAAUUAUGUUCAUACCUUAUUAGUUUCACCAUCACUUGCUUCAGGCAUGAAUUCAUAGGACAGAACAUGCAUUUUUCUAUUUCUGGUACACUCACGCACGUGACACACUGAAUACUUCACUUGUCCAAAAUGCAACUCUCUGAUACAGCUGUUCCUUCAUUAGCUAAUCUUUCAUUUCCAUAAGACAGUCACGAUCAAGUUGACUCUUUACAUUUUUGUUGGCUCAUGAUUAGUGAAAAUUUAGUAGCAGAAUUUGUUACAUCAGACUUGUGCACAUUCUCAGCAGCUGUGGGCUUCAAGACCACAGACCUUAGGUCUGUCUUCUCACAGCCUACUCUGCUAUGCAUGGUAUUGGCUAUCACCUCCAGCCUGGUCAGAGGGGCUAUUUCCAUAUGAGAUUUAGCUUCAGUAACUAACAAUUCCAUUCCUUUCUUUCUCCCAAAGCAUCUGAGUUAUCCUUAUUCCACAGGGUUUUAGGAUUGAGUAGCUGUAGGAUAUACAUCCUUGUGGACCUCUCAUCUGCUUUUGUUCUCUAGUUGGUUCAGGUUAUCAUAGCCACUGCUGAAUGCUGUAGAAGGGUUUGUAGGAUAGAGAUUUAGCUAGGUCAGGAAAGGUGGUUGUCUUAUAGGAAUCACUGUCAGAAGCAACAUUCUUACAUCUUUGUCAAGAAAAUUACCAAUUAGUGCUGGCUUAUUGUGAGCACAGGUGAAUUAUUUUGUCAGCUUUGCAAGUAUCACACCCACUCAUUUUGGGAUAAAGAUUUGAACUUAGUUACAGACAUUUUUCCUGAACUUCUUUGAAUUGCAUUUCAGAUGUAGCCAACCCCCACAUCUGUAACUGUGAUGACUUAGUAGCAGUAUAUUAAAUAUCCUGUCUCUAAGAUUUUUUAAAGAUUCAGGAAAAUGCACAGUGUAGUGUAAGACCCUUAUUUUGAAGGGAUUCAUUUUGUCAGGAGCAGUGAAGACUUGCUUCCUUUUACCUGAGAAAAUUUUUCUCAUGCUUCUGACAAACAAAAAAAAAUCAACCCAGGAGUAUCAAGACUUGUCCUUUACCUGAAGCCAAACACCUAGACCCUGAAUUCCUUUUUUAUUCUCAGGAUGUGCUCAUCCAGAGCAUGAAAUGACAUAGCAGUAUUCCUUUGUCUUGGGCAUCUGCUGAUCCCAUCUCUGAACACAUAUGCUGAUACACUGGGAGUAUGUGCAAUAGAGAAUCAGGAACACAUUCUGUGACUCCAGCCUCUGUUUUUUUCUAUCCCCCUGUACUCUUCAGCCUGGAGUCCAUAUGUCUUUGUACCUGGUGGGUACUGUGUACUGAAGGGUAACAUGUAUUUUGUCUCUUUGCAGCGCUGCUACCUCUAUGUCUGUCCCUUUCCAUAAGCCUCUCAGUGCUGCAGUUAAGAGAUUCAGUGGGAAAGCAUAGAACUGUUUCCCACCCAUCCUGGGAGAGAAGGCAUUUUACAGGAGUGUUUUCUUCUACAAGGGAGGGAAGUAGAAUAGCAAUCCAUUUUGGAUAUAUAAUAGUUGCACAAUGGGAGUACAGUUAUAUGUGUUCCUCAAGUGUGGUUUAUUUUUUCUCUGUAUCCAUCAAUGGUUCCAUCAGAAGUGUCCUUCUUCACUGCAAGAAAAUUACCAAUAGAAAGCCCUAACAAUCAUUCAGCAUCUAUUUCAGUGAUGACAGUGAAUAAUGUAAUCAAAGGAUCCCCCUCUUCUGUGAUGUUUGUAUCACUUCUAAGUUACAGAGCCUGAUCUAGUCUCAGAGAAUCAGACUUAUUAGUCUUGAAAGCAGUAAUGUGCACAUCAGAGUCCUGGGGGCUGGGCUAAUGAAGAGUUCAUGCAGGAUUUUGUGCUGUUUUUUAGGUGAUGAGCAUACCACGACAUAAAAAUUAAGGGUAGGAAUAUUAGAUUCUCUUCUUUUCAGAUGAGCUGACUUGUGCUCAAUACACGAAGUAUCAAGUUUCCUUUUAACAAUGUUUUAUCUUGACCUUUAAAGCAGACUCACAAGGCAUGUGAGUGCCAUCAGUGGGAGAUCAUGUUGUGACCCUGGAUAAACCACUUAGUCUUGGAUGCCAACAAGAUGGACUGAAAUUUCUAUUCUCAAGACUAGGUAUGUUUUUGGACAAUCAUGAUUUGUUGGAAGUGCUCCUCACUAUGAUGCCUGCAAGGUCAACAGAUGUAUCUGCGAUAUGGGUUCCACAUUGUGGAAGGAAGUUUUGGUAUCAAGAGCUUUGUUUACUAGUAGAAAUCUCAGUGUUGUGCCUUUUCCUCAUAACAGAUACUCUCCAUAUGCAUGGAGUUGAGAGGGUGGCAGUGCUAGACCAUUCUUCUUUACUGGAGGAGCUCAUUGAUCCACAGAUGACUUUAGAGAACAGCUUUGGAUUCUCAGCAUGCAUUCUCUAAGGCUUGUAGCUUGUACUUAUACAACACUUCCAGUAAUUUUGGAUUAUUUGCUGGAAACAAAAGCAGUCUGGCUCCCGUUUUAUUUUGUAAGAUUUACUUGAUAAAACUGCCAAGGACCUUUUUCCUUAGUCAGUCCUAUACUUACUGAUAAUCCUGGGCUAACUGUUUGAAUCUGGAUGAGUUAUUUGCUGGUGUAUAAAUAGUAAAUGGCUGAUGGAUUCUCUUCAAAUUAUUUCCUUCCUGAACACAUUAUUUUUAUGGUUCUGUCGUGAGUUUCUUCCAAAAGAAGCUUCUGAGCUUUACUUAAAUCUGGAUCUGGGCUUUUUUUCCUUCUAGAGCUGAGACAUCCUUGUUCACACCAAACAUCAGGACAACCUAAUUUAGCUUUACAGAACUGAGAUUGCUUAUACUGACAGCUUAACAACCAUAGUUUUCUUUGUGCUGAAAGUGGUUAAUUGGAAAAGAGAUAAGGAAGGAUGUAAGGAAGAAGUUGAAAAAGGAGUAAUUGUUCACUAUCAUGCCCACUAUAAGUAGGAGCAUUAAAUGAAACUAACAGAUGGAAGUUUCAAAGAAAUAAAAUCAAUAAAGUAGGGGGAGAUGGCAACCUUUUUCCACUGUAUGCAUUUGACCUAUGGAAUUUCUUAUUACAAAAUGUGAAUACAAAAAAGAGUAUGUGGUUUGAAAAGAUAAGUACACAAAUCCGUGAAAAGUAAUCUGUUAGGGCAUAUUAAAUAUUAAAACUGAAAACCAGGAAGUUUCUAAGACUUUUCAAUUUACUAUUCUGGGGAAAUCUCGCAAUGGGCUGUUCUAAUUUCUAACUUGUGCAUCAGGCAUGGGCUGUUGACCUCUGUCCAACAAGAGCUAGGCUAUGUGGUCUUGUCGUCAGACUUUGUAUGGUUUUUUUAUUUUGACAGUUGUAGUAUGGACUAUUAGAAUAGCCAAGACAAAGCUGCUUUGAUGACAAUGGCAUGUUCCACCAGAAUUCAUACUGUGGUGUUGAGUUUUCUUAAGAAAAGUGUCUGUUGCUGACAUAUGCCAAGUUGUCACAUGCAACUUGUCUAUGCUUUCACAUGGGUGGGCACUACAAAUAUUGCAGAACUUUUCAGAAUGAUGAAACUUUUAAAAGAACAUAAGGGACACCAAGAUCCACCUCUAGACAAAUUGGGAUUUUGGGGGAAAGUAGGUUGCCAUGUGGAAGUCAUAAUACAAUUCUUGUAAAGGGUUAAUCGCAUAAAUAUGGGAAGAAAAACUUUCCACUAACUGCAGCUUUUAAGUUAUCUUAUUCAUACACAUUUCACUCUUUGCCAUCUUUGUCUUCCAAAGAGUUUGAGUGCAGAGCAUCUUCAAGGUGAAUGUGUCCAACCACAGCAUGUCUCAAUGAGCCUGGUAACUUGUUCCUUCCCACUUUAGAACACUGCUGUCCUUUUCCAAAGAAUGAAGGCUCCCUGCUGACUUAGCGAUGAGUAGUUAGGAAAUGCAGACUGAUCUCAAAUUGUGGAUUCUGAGUCUUCCGUUGCAGCUGUAAUGCAAGAGGACAACUCCACGGAACUGAAGGUGACAACACCAAGUCUGCCCUGAGGAGCCUGCUCUAUUACCUUACCAAAAAAGGAUUUUAUUGGCCCUCAUUGAAAAGGAGUUUUCACUGCUGUUUUGAAUUAAAAGGAAAGAAUCACUGAUCGCUGUGGAGACCCUGGUAUGAAGCCUUUGUGAGUGGUAUUCAGUGAAUCAUAGUGGUUCCCAAGGGAAAAGACUGUACUUAACAGGGCCUCUUCUCUACAA